AUGGCUCCCUACCCUAAUCAUUCUAUCACAAAACCAGAAAUUAAAAUAGGUUUAAGACUUGAUGAUAAUUAUGCUGACACUUUAUUAACAAGAAUCAAAAGUUUAUUACGGACUCAACCAAUAGAUUUUAAAAAAUGUCAUUUUGAUCUAUUAGAAUCAGAAGAAUAUUAUGUUAGAGAUAAAACUGAUGGAAAACGAUAUAUUAUGUUUUUUACAGCUGUGGACGGUGGUACAGCAUUUAUGAUGGACGAAUUAAAUAAAUUUCGAACAUUGACUGGGUUCAAGCUACCAUUACGUAAUAACCUUAAUCAGUUUCAUAAUGAAACCAUGAUGGACGGAGAGAUGAAAUGUCUAAGGUAUUUGAUAUUUGAUCUAAUGGUGUUGAAUGGGAAUGUCUUAAUCGAUAAACCUUAUAAUAAGCGAAUGGGCAUGCUCAGACAAGAUGUAAUAGACCCAUUGAAUACCUUACUACAGAAAAAUUUAGAUAUUAAGAGCAAAAUGCCCUUCACCAUAGAAAUAAAAACCAUGGAUUUAUCCUACGGGCUUAGUAAUACUUUACAAAAAAUCUCAACUUUAAAAUACGGUAAUGAAGGUCUAAUAUUUGUCCCUGUAAAUCAUCCUUACGUACCUGGAAGAAGCGAGAAAUUGUUAUUAUGGAGGCCAGUAAAACAGAUAAGUGUAGAUUUUAAAAUAAAAACAAUUAUCCAGAAUCAAAGAGAUAAAAAACCAGUAUUUCAUAUAAUGAUUGCGGAUAAAAAUCAAUAUAAAAAAAUUGACCAAUUAACGUUGGAACCUUCUAUUGAAAAAGA